GUGUGUGUGUGUGUGUGUCCUCUCUCUGUUUGUGAGGCAGAGAGUUGCGUGCGAAGAGCUCGACAUGUCAUUCAGAGGAAUCCGCCACCUGAAACGCGAGGAAGUGAAGGCGACUCAAUUGGGUAUAAAGCAUCAGCCAACAUCUGCCCCGAGCAGUGCAAAGCUGAUGAAAACAUCAGCUCGGAGCUCGUACAGGACCUCUCCGAUUUAUUUUAUUUCCCUUGGAUUUAUCAUUUGGCGUUACCGACUCGGUGCACCCUGGGAGACACAUCUCUUUUCUGCACUUAAAGUGAAUGUGGCUCAGCAGCCACCAACACUAUACUGGAAUUAACUGACAUCCACACAGAUAUUGGCGCACCUGUUACCUCCACGGAGCGCAAGAUCAUGAUCCCUCCGGGAGACUGCAUGUAUGCGGGCAGAAAGAGGAGGAAGCCCAUCCAAAAACAGAAGCCGUCCUCUGCCAAUGAGAAAACCAACCCGUCCAAGCGGCACCGGGACAGACUGAACGCUGAGCUGGACCGGCUGGCCAGCCUGCUGCCGUUCCCCCCGGAUGUCAUCUCCAAGCUGGACAAGCUGUCCGUGCUGCGCCUUGCAGUCUCCUACCUCCGCGUCAAAAGCUUCUUCCAAGCGAGCCAAGAGAAGACCUCCAGGAAGCACAUCAUCAGCCCCACAUCCUCUAACCCUGAACCCAGGAAAGAGAGUCUUCCACUGGGCACCGCUGUCAAUGAAAGCAGCCUCCUGCUGGAAUCUCUGACAGGCUUUGCCCUGGUGGUGAGCAGUGAUGGGAUGGUCUUUUAUGCCUCCUCAACCAUUGUGGAUUAUCUGGGAUUUCAUCAGACUGACGUGAUGCACCAGAAUGUGUUCGAUUACAUCCACAUAGACGACCGUCAGGAGUUCAGACGCCAGCUCCACUGGGCCAUGUGUCCUCCACAGCACCAGGGGACGUCGGCUCACCAGGAUAACCAACUAGCUGCAGGGACCGGUGAAGACUUUGCAGUCAGCAGCCAGUUUCACUCUCUGGAGGCGGGGGGAAUUCCUCCUGAGCUCUCCUGUUUUCUCAACAGAUGUUUCAUAGCCAGAGUCCGAUGCCUGUUGGACAGCACCUCUGGAUUCUUGACGAUGCAGUUCCAGGGUCGACUGAAGUUCCUCCACGGGCAGAAGAAGAAGACGGCCUCCGGGGCUCUGAUGCCUCCCCAGCUGGCUCUGUUCUGCAUAGCUGUACCCCUCCUACUGCCCUCCAUCACUGAGAUGAAAAUGAAGAACAUGUUAAUGCGGGGGAAGAACAAGGGAGGAGGAGGAGGAGGGAUUAUCUCUGCGCUGGAGCAUGGUGAGCGAGGGGAACACCUCCGGAGACACUCGUUCAGUGGGGGAAUGGGUGACAUUACAGACCCUCUCCUCCUCUCGUGUCCCACUCCCGGCGGUACCCAGCGGGGUCACCACACUCCCUGGACCCCGCUUUCCAAAGACAACCUCAAGUACCACCCUGAUGGUUACUACAACCAGGAGGAGCCCCUCAACUACUGCAAGUCCUCCGUGGCCUCCCAUAAAGGUCUCAGCCCAGGCCUGGGUGGCGGCUGGCCUCUGAGGCCAAACUCAGGCCCCCUUAGAGCGGGACAGGGUGUUGGCUACAUCCCCUCCAACCGCUUGAACAAGGCCGGUCAGUACGGGAAGCCGUACCGCCUUUCCCCGAGCUGUCACAACACCAGAGGCGGUGAGGUUUUUGUGUCGAAGCUCUACGGGAACAUCCAGAUUCCCUCAGACCCAGACGCCUACUGCGUGGACCUGGUGAAGAGCGAGAACGGUUAUGGAGAAUGCUACGACAGCCACCUGAUGCCAGAGAUGGCCCCCAUCAAGGUAGAGCACGACUCAGACUCUGAAAAUGGCUGCGACGCCUACGGACGAUCCUGGGCUUGCCGCGACCCGGGGGCUGUUGACCGUCGCUAUGGUAACGGGAUAUACGACCAGAGCUCAGGCCUGCAACUCAAAUCAGAGGCAGAUUUCUAUGAUCCGCAGUACUCGCCCUGUCAGCGAGGGAAAGCAGGCAUCAGCCCGCCGUACAACAACGGAAACUAUCACAACUAUGCAGUCAACAAUAGCGGAAACGCCACCGCACGUCUGUUGAAGUGCGACAAAGACUUGGGAAACAACAAUGACAACAACCAGUUCAGUCCUCAGAGACUCUCUCACUCAGACUCUCUAUGCAGCAACCAAUCAGUCAACCUCAUGGACUCACACGUCUACCCACAGGACCCACACAAGGCCUACAUGCACCCGGACUACAACAAGCAUGGCACUUACGAGUUCAAAGGUCACAGCCUGAUCCAUUCGAUCAAGCGUGAGCCCAUGGACUCCCCACCGUGGUCUGAGAGCGGCCAUGACAUAAACCAGUCCAUGAUGGUUGGUCCAAGGAACGUUAUGCCGUGUGCGAUGAGCACAGGUCACCACAAGUCCAGUCCUUACAUUUAUAUGCCGUAAGAGUGAUCGGAGCAUCAUACACACAUACACACACAGCUGCAGAUCAUUACCUGCUCCCCAACCCCCCCCCCCACACACACACACACACACACACAUAAACACAAACAAUCAGUGUGCAUUAUAGUACUUUGUAUUAUUACUGUUUUCAUACACAUGCACCAGCAUUACAAAAGGACAGUCUUUGUGGUUGAGGAUUCCCAGGAUGUCAAGUGCUUCUUCACUGCGAUGAAGAGGUCACAAACAAGGCUCAGGUUCUAGUGUUAGUGUUGUGACAAUCAGAAAUAAAACUUUUACUCCAGUUUAUGGAUAGAUGAUGAUUUUGUUUUUAAAAAAUACAUUUUGUAGUUGGUUCCAAGCACUUUUGGAUUUAGUAACAAUGAGACAAAUUACGUCUAGAAACACCAUUUCAUUUUGUUUUAUGUGGCUUCCUGAGGGAGGAACAAAGAUUUUGCUGUAAAAAGACUUUUUUUUUUUUUCUUUUUUUUUUUAACUUUAUACACAGGAGACGACUUAACAUCUACUACUGUGCUUUUCUGAGGGAGAGGGCUGAUUACGAGAACACACUUAGGAGUCAGUGAUAACAACUUGCAGCCUUGAAGAUUUAAAGGAGCUUAUUGGUGGUUUUGCAUGUUUUAGUGCUUUAACUAUAAAUUGCCUACCUUUUAAAUUUCCACCUCCAGUGAUGUACCAGUUUCUAAACAUUUCAGUGGUAAUCUUUGUUAUUAAAUCAACAUGCAAAUACUUGAAGCUUACUUGAAAUCCACUGCAGUGGCUGCCUAAAGCAGUUUUGAUGCAGGACACAACUAAAUUCCCUUUAUUUUUUAUUUUUUCACAACAUCUGUUCUGAAUUAGAUUUUCUCAGAGCAUAGCCUACAAUGCAACACUUUUGCAUUAUGCAAAAUUUUGUACCAUUUGUAGUUAAUGGACCAAAACAUGUAAAACUAUUAGCAUGGCCAAAGCUUCAGAUAUAUCCACUACAUUUGUUUAUGAAACUAGAAACAGCCUGAUCACACACACAGAAGAGCAGCAGUCCUACAGGUACCACGCUGUACAUGCUCCUUGGCUCUGACCUCCUGGUGGAAGGAAUAAAAAGAGAAGUGAUUAAAAAAAGAAUGAGGAUGUUGAUGGCAAAACUGAUGUAAAAGCAAGUCAUGUGUAACAGCAUUAAACUGGCAUAAAAAGUGAGAACAACUCAAUUCAAAUUGCACUAGAAUUGACAUUUAAAUUCUACGACCCUAAAUGACUUUGGACCUAACAUUAGUCAUCAGUUGAAGGUUUGUUGUUUGGAAUGAACUGAAGGAAAAGAGAGGGAGUUUGUUGUUAAAAGGUUCGAUUUUCAUUCUUCUUUUGACACGCACAAUACUUUCAUUAUUCUCAAACUCCUGUUGAAUGUACACAUAAUAUUAAUUUAUGUCAUUUUAUCUAAUGUUGUACAGUUUGGAUCAUCAUUUCAACUCCACGCAGCCUGUCUCACUGCAGAUAUGACACAUUUCCUUUGACAUAAAUAUUCACUUUUCAUGUUGUCUUCUCAGUCGCAAAACAUCAGACAUUGUCUUCACAGUCAGUGUUUUUGCACAAAUUAAUUAAAAGCACCAAAUUGAUUUAAUGUCAGAGUCUCAGUUCUGUGACGCUACUGUAGUAGUUUCUAAAUUGCACUACUGGGAGUAGUUCAGUUGAAGUUCAGCCUACCCAGACAGGUCUUUGAGUCGACACGCACAACUGUACGUGGUGUCACUGUUUUGAAUUUGUCUUUUUCUCUUUGUGUGUGUUUGUUUCAAUAAAUGUUUGAUGAUUCAUAUUUAUUGUAAGAAGCAAAAGUGUAUAAUUUAAAAACUACAGUUUUGAAGGCUUUUCUGUUUCACUAAGGUAAAUAAAUAUGGCUUUUUUUUCUUGCUCUCUUUUUGAUAAUUGUUAAACAGACUGUCAUACUUGUCUCAUGGAGGAGGUAGCUGCAAGGUAGCGAACACAGUGUACAUAUGCAGUGUCUUCCAGUGUUUCUACGUGUUUUUGCAAACGGGACUUAUCUAUUAAAAGACCUUUCUUUAUGGAAAA